UCUUUACAGUUUUGUUUUUGUUUUUAUUAUAGAAUCAAAAUCUCCUUUUAAAACAAAAAAAUGUCUGCAGCAGCUGAAGCCAGACGUGCCUCCUUUGCACGACGUGCCGAAAGUCUGGUGGAGAGGAAAUACAUAGUUAAUACGGAUAAAAGUGGUGAGCUUACUGUAACGGUACAGGGAGAUUUGACACAACAAGAAAAACGUGCUGUUUUUAUUACUGUACAUGAUCUGGGUUGUAAUCAUAAUUCCUUCCAGGAAUUUGUCAAUAGUCCCUGUAUGACAGAAAUUAAAGAACGUUCAUGUUUCAUACACAUCGAUGUACCAGGACAUGCCGAUAAUGCUGAUGCUCUUCCUGAAAGUUUCCAGUUUCCCUCAUUGCAAAUGUUGGGUGAAGAUUUAGUUACGGUUUUGGAUUUUCUUCAUGUUAAAUAUGUCAUCGGUUUGGGUGAGGGUGCUGGUGCCAAUGUAUUGGCUCGUUUUGGUUUGGCACAUCCAACACGUGUCUUGGGUUUGAUACUCAUCAAUGCAACCGGAAGUGCAGCCACUGUAAUGCAAUCAUUUAAAUCGAAGUUUAUACAAUGGAAAAAUGAUGAAGUGGCUCAAUCGGCUGAAAGUUUUUUGAUGUAUCAUAAAUUUGGUCAUGUUAUGGAGCAAUUGGUUGGCGAUAAUCCGGACAAGGAGAAGAUUGUUAACGAAUAUCAAAAACGUUUAAGAGGCACUUUGAAUAGCAAAAAUGUGGGUCUUUAUGUCAAAGCAUUUAUGAAUCGCAAGGAUUUAACUUUGAAGGGCUGUAAAGUUGAUGUCAUUUUAAUCACUGGCAUGUUGAGUCCUUAUGCUUCGAUGGUUGAGAAAUUACAUCGUGAUAUUGAAAAGGAAAAGGUCACCAUGUUGAAGAUUGAAAGAGCUGGUGAUGUUUUAGCUGAUGCGCCCGCUAAAGUCGCCCAAUCGAUUCUAUUGUUCUGCAAAGGUCAAGGUCUUCUCACAUCCGUCAUCAUGCCGGGCGUUGAUCGUGGUCGUGCAUUUUCCACCAGUUCCGGUUCGUUCGAUGGCACCAACGGUACACGCAAACUAUCAAGAGGGAUUUCCAUGGAGGACUAUGACAAACCCAAUAUUCGUCGUUUAAGCAUCAUCAACAAUGAUAUUAAGAAAUAAAUUAAAAUUGAAAAAAAAAACAAUAUUUUAAAGAAAAAUUAAACGUAAUUGAAAGAAACCAAA